AUGGAUGAAGAUUUGCUUUUAUUAAUGGAAAAUUCAUACUUGAAAUGGAAAUUACAAUAUAUGAAGUUUGGCACACACGAUUUAAAUAAAGGAAGAGAAGAGUUUGGAGAAUUUUAUGUAUUAUACGCUGAUUUACGGACGUAUCCCGAUAAAUUCUUUGAAUACACGAGAAUGUCAUUACACACUUUUGACUACAUAUUAAAUAAGAUCUCACCAUGUUUAGUCAAGAUUGACACCAAUUUUAGAAAAAGUAUAAAACCUGAAGAGAAACUGCUUAUAACAAUAAGAUAUUUGUCAACUGGCAUGUCUUUUACAGCAUUGUCACACAGUUUUAGAAUGGGUGUAAGUACCAUUUCAACUUUAGUCCAUGAAACAUGUAUGGCAAUAUGGAAUGAGUUAGUAGGUAUUCACAUGCCUCCUCCUACGGAACUACAAUUUAAAAUGGUAGCGGAAGAUUAUUAUAGACUUUGGAAUUUUCCUAAUUGCAUAGGCAGUCUAGAUGGAAAGCACUGUCGAAUUAAAAAACAAAAAAAUAGUGGAUCUCUUGAUUUUAAUUAUAAAAAAUUUUAUUCGAUAGUACUUCAAGGAGUAGCCGAUGCGAAAAGGAAAUUUAUUGCAAUUGAAGUGGGUGGACGAGGAAAACAAAGCGAUGGUGGUACUUUUCAUGCUUCUGUUUUGCGCCAUUUAAUAGAGGAAAAUAAAUUCAACAUUCCAAAACCAGAAAAGUUACCACAUUCAAACAUAAUUGCCCCUUACGUGCUCGUAGCUGAUGAAGCGUAUUCAUUGAAAAAUUAUUUGUUAAGACCCUUUCCACGUAGCACAUUGAACGUGCAAAGAAGACUAUUUAACAGAAGAUUAUCUACAGCGCGGCAAACAAUUGAAUGUGCCUACGGUAUUCUAAGCACGAAAUGGAGGAUAUUACAAAAAUCUAUUGAAACCAGUCGAGAGAACGCUUGCUUGAUUAUUAAAACAACAUGUUUAUUACAUAAUAUUAUACUAGACUUAGAUGGUGACGCUGAUCCAGAUUGUCAUACUUGGGCUACAGCCGAAUUCAACCAUAAUAACAUGCAAAAUGUAAUGCGUAACUCGGAUAGAAAUCCUACAAGACAAGCAAAAAUAAUUCGUGACAAGUUUAUGAAUUACUUUUAUGAACAUACCUAUUAA